UAUCAACUAAUUUGGGUUAUUUUUCGUUUACUAAAAAUAUAGAUGAAUACAUGUAGGCCAAGAUUUAUGAAGAAAGAUUAUUUAUUUGCAAAAUUUUAUAAGAAAAAUUAUUUUUUUUCAAAAUUUUGGGAUUUUUUCAUUUAUUGUAGCAAAAAAAUGAAAAUCCCAGUGGUGAAUUAAUACCACCAAAAUAAAGUUGUAUCUGUCUCAAAAGAAUGCUAAAAAAUUCAUAUGGGUACAGUGUUGCAUGACUGCGCAACUGUCAUAUUAAGUGUGAUAGCACUGAAAGCUGAAAAUUGGCCUGGACAGGAAGGGGUAAAAGUGUCCGCACUUGAAGUGGUUAA